CGCACCAGGUUCAGCCCCGAGAGCAUCUGCCUCGCAUAAAUCUGCUCGGCGACCUGGCUCUUGAUCGCAACUGACACUGGCUGCUUUAUCUCUAUCCACCAACCGUAACUGCUAUCCUGAUACCAAACCGCAACCCCCUCAACCACAACCACCACCACCACCAACCUGCAACCCCUCACGCACUGAUCCCUGCAUCAUCGUUGGCUCUGUCAAACUGGAUCCUCAUGCCGGCUGCACCACCACCGGCCCUGGAUCGGCGUGCUCGCCAUCAGCCCAAGUCUCUGUCCAUCCUCCGGAACCAUGGCCACCCUCCAGACCAACUUCCCGCCCCUCAAGAACGAUCUCAUCCUGCGAGUUUCUCGCGGCGAGCAGGUUGAGCGCACACCUGUCUGGAUUAUGAGACAGGCUGGCCGAUACCUCCCUGAGUUCCGAGCCGUCAAGGUCGAGCACGACUUUUUCGCCGUCUGCCAGGACCCCGAGCUCGCUUGCAAGGUGACCCUGCAGCCCAUCGACCGAUACCCCGGCCUGCUCGAUGCCUCCAUCAUCUUUUCCGACAUCCUGGUGAUCCCGCAGGCCCUUGGCCUCGAGGUCAUCAUGGUCCCUGGCAAGGGCCCCCACUUCCCCAACCCGAUCGUCACCCCCGCUGACCUCGUCCGAGUCGACGCCAACGUCAACGUCCACGAGAAGCUCAAGUACGUCUACGACGCCAUCACCCUGACCCGCACCCGCCUGGACGGCCGAGUGCCCCUCUUUGGCUUUGUCGGCGCCCCCUGGACCCUCAUGGCCUACUCGAUCGAGGGCGGCGGCAGCAAGACCCUCAGCAAGGCCAAGAGCUGGCUGUAUGUCCACCCCGAGGAGUCGCAUCGCUUCAUGCAGAUCAUCACCGACGCCAUCGUCCCCUUCCUGGUCGGCCAGGUCAAGGCUGGCGCUCAGAUGCUCCAAGUCUUUGACUCUUGGGCCGGCGAGCUCUCGCCCUCGACCUUCAAGACCUUCUCGCUGCCCUACCUCGCCCAGAUCGCCACCCGGGUCAAGGCCCAGCUGCGUGAGGAGGGCAUCGAGCCCGUCCCCAUGACUGUCUUUGCCAAGGGCGCCCACUUUGCCCUGGCCGAGCUCUCGGAGCUUGAGUACGAGGUCGUUUCGCUCGACUGGACCAUCGAUAUCGAGAAGGCCCAGCGCGAGACCCAGGGCAAGGUUGUCCUGCAGGGCAACGCUGACCCCUGCGUCCUCUACGGCGACCGCGAGACCAUCCGUGCCCAGGUCAAGGAGAUGAUCGAGGCCUUUGGCAAGGGCGGCAAGCACGUUGCCAACCUCGGCCACGGCAUCUACCCUGACAUGGACCCCGAGCACCUGCGAAACUUCCUCGAGGCUGUCCGCGAUUUUUCGACUGUUGCCGAGUAGAAAGAAGCACCGCCGAUCCAGCCCUGCUUUUGUGUUCUGCUCGUCUUGCCUCGCACACAUACACGCAUGCUCCGCUCUUCCAUUACCUUCCCCCCACCUCCACCCUGAGGAGUCCGCAAUAUGAACGGAGAGCCAUAUUUACUCUACAUAUCCGCUCUAGCCAAACAAAUGUGCAUAUACAGCGAUCCCAAAACAAAAACAGGACACCCUCUUGUGUUCUGGGUCCUGAAUACACUCUCGCCAUGAUCACAAACGGUGUGUCCAAGGAGACUGGGAGGCUGGGCGACUCAAG